AGCGCGUGUUUUUAGUAAAAAUAUAUAAUUUAUUAAUUAAAACGCAUUAAAAAUGACGCUAAUAACACGUGUGCUGACUGGCAACCUGCCACUGCGUCUUAGCGCACUAAAAGCCGCUCGUCAGCUGCAAUGCGGCUACAGCUCACACGCUAAGUACGCAGAGCACAAGCCCAUCGAGCGCAUCCGCAACAUUGGCAUCUCGGCGCACAUAGACAGCGGAAAGACAACGCUCACUGAGCGGAUUCUAUUCUAUACGGGCCGGAUUGCUGAGAUGCACGAGGUGCGAGGCAAGGACAAUGUGGGUGCAACAAUGGAUAGCAUGGAGCUGGAGCGACAGCGUGGCAUUACCAUUCAAUCGGCGGCCACGUACACGGUGUGGAAGGAUGUCAACAUCAACAUCAUCGAUACACCCGGUCACGUGGACUUCACGGUCGAGGUGGAGCGUGCGCUGCGCGUCCUCGAUGGCGCUGUGCUCGUGCUUUGUGCCGUGGGUGGCGUCCAGAGUCAGACGUUGACGGUGAACAGGCAAAUGAAGCGCUACAAUGUACCAUGUCUGGCCUUCAUCAACAAACUGGAUCGCAUGGGCUCAAAUCCCUACCGAGUGCUCUCGCAGAUGCGUUCCAAGUUGAACCACAACGCAGCCUUUAUUCAGCUGCCCAUUGGUGUGGAGAACAACUGCAAAGGUAUUGUGGAUCUAGUGCAGGAGCGUGCCAUAUAUUUCGAGGGCGAGCACGGCAUUAAUUUGCGCCUGGACGAGAUACCGCAGGAUAUGCGCGUCGAGUGUCAGGAGCGGCGGCAGGAGCUUAUCGAGCAUCUGUCCAACGCAGACGAAACUCUGGGCGAGCUCUUUCUGGAGGAGAAACCCUUCACGGAGGCAGACAUUAAAGCGGCUCUGCGACGCACCUGCAUCAAGCGCACCUUUACGCCCGUCCUGGUCGGCACUGCGUUGAAGAACAAGGGCGUGCAGCCGCUCCUCGACGCAGUCGUUGACUAUCUGCCCAAUCCGGGCGAGGUUGAGAAUCUCGCUUAUAUCGAACAGGAAGGACAGGAGAGGCAACAAAUCGUCCUUAAUCCGGCGCGAGAUGGCAAGGAUCCGUUCAUGGGAUUGGCCUUCAAGCUGGAGGCCGGUCGCUUUGGCCAGUUGACCUAUUUGCGCUGCUACCAGGGCGCACUCCGCAAGGGUGACAACAUCUACAAUGCCCGCAACCACAAGAAGGUGCGAAUCGCCCGUCUCGUCCGGCUGCACUCUAACCAAAUGGAGGACGUCAACGAGGUCUUCGCUGGUGACAUCUUCGCACUCUUUGGGGUCGAUUGCGCCUCGGGCGAUACCUUCACGACCAAUCCCAAGAACAAUAUGUCCAUGGAGUCGAUAUUUGUGCCCGAGCCGGUUGUGUCCAUGGCCAUCAAGCCCAACAAUACCAAGGAUCGAGAUAAUUUCUCCAAGGCCAUUGCCCGCUUUACCAAGGAGGAUCCUACCUUCCAUUUCAAGUUCGACAAUGAUAUCAAGGAAACGCUCGUCUCAGGCAUGGGCGAGCUGCAUUUGGAAAUCUAUGCCCAGCGCAUGGAGCGCGAAUAUGGCUGCCCAGUGACGCUGGGUAAGCCGAAGGUGGCGUUCCGAGAAACGCUCGUCGGUCCAUGUGAAUUCGAUUACCUGCACAAAAAGCAAUCAGGCGGCUCGGGUCAGUACGCCCGCAUUAUUGGCGUCAUGGAGCCACUGCCUCCCUCUCAGAACACAUUGAUUGAGUUCCUGGACGAAACGGUAGGCACCAAUGUGCCCAAGCAGUUCGUGCCCGGCGUGGAGAAGGGCUUCCGAGAGAUGUGCGAGCGCGGCAUGUUGUCCGGCCACAAGUUGUCGGGCAUUCGAUUCCGUCUGCAGGAUGGUGGCCAUCACAUUGUAGACUCCAGUGAGCUAGCAUUUAUGUUGGCUGCCCACGGGGCCGUCAAAGAAGUCUUCCAGAACGGCGCCUGGCAAAUUCUGGAGCCCAUCAUGCUGGUCGAGGUGACGGCGCCCGAGGAGUUCCAGGGUGCCGUCAUGGGCCAUCUGAGCAAGCGCCACGGCAUCAUCACCGGCACAGAAGGCACCGAGGGCUGGUUCACCGUCUACGCCGAGGUGCCGCUCAACGACAUGUUUGGCUAUGCCAGCGAGCUGAGAUCAAGCACUCAGGGCAAGGGCGAGUUCACCAUGGAGUACUCCCGCUACUCGCCAUGCCUGCCCGAUGUACAAGAGCAGAUCGUGCGCCAAUAUCAGGAAUCACAGGGCUUGGGUCAGGCCGAAAAGAAGAAAAAGAAAAACUAAAAAUAGCUUAAAUUCUAGUUGUAAAGUCGAAUAAUGUUUGCUUAAUUUAAUUUAAAUUCAUAUACAAGUUUUUUGUUUUUACUGUGAUAACCGUUGCAUCUUCUAAAAUCAAUGACAAUUUGUACAGUUUUUCUAA